UUUUAUUGAAUUCAGCAGAACUGUCCAUAACAAGGUGAAUGUGUAUGAUUAUCAGCCAUGCAGACCUAUGCAAAAUAAUGGCACGAGAUCAACAGCGUGAAAAGGUUUUUCCGUGCCGGGUGUUUUUCUGACCUUUGCUUCGGGGUUAAGAGGAAACCAGAUGAAAAAUUAACCGGACGGGUUGGCCCGAGGAUCCUGGAUUCCACGCUGUCCCCUGCCAUUUCCUCUCGGUAGACUAUGCCAGACCAUUACACCAGCUUUGCUCUUUGGAUUACAGCUCACGAGGCCCGCAGCAAAGCCGGGAUCAAAGGUCGAAAGAAGAGCCUGCAGAUGCCUUAUCUAUAAGCCAAAAUCAUUUACGGUGAUCAGCAAUAAAUUAAACGGCCACGCAAUAUAGACUUUGGGCUCGUGUUGCCGUGAUGCUCCUGAACUGUGGGCAGCCGUUGCCUCUUCUGAGGCACACGGACGUGCCGCCCCGGGUCAUAGAGAACUUCAUCCUGACGGGCUACCGCUUCCCGAACUACAGCCUGGUGGACUGCUUGCUGUCGGCGUUCCGACCCACCAACGAAACCGGCAACUUCUGGACCCAUUUCCUCCCGGUUUUUAUUUUUUCGUACUAUUUCGUGGAGGUGUUCGGUUGGGAGGGCGCGCCACAUAGCGACGCCCCGUUCUUCUACCCUCUGUGGAACUACUUCAUCGGGGUCUUCUGUCUGUUAAUGGCCAGCAGCAUGGCCCACCUGCUCAACUCCAUGUCCCUGGUGGUGAGAGAAGUCUGCUUUUUUGUUGAUUACGGCACAAUCAGUUCCUACACGGUUGGCUCAUCGUUGGCAUACUACUACUACAUCCACCCUCGGGCGGGGAUAGUGGAGACCGGGGGCCGAAAUGGCUCCCAUGCGGACUUGAAAGGUGAACCCGCAGGAUCUCUUACGUCGUCCUAUGCAAUCCCAGAUUUCGACAUGUUCUUCGAGACCUUCUACAUCCCGUCGGCCUGCGUUGUAGCAAUCAUAUGUGUCUUAUCUUGCUGCAACUCUCGCCAGAGGUGGAGGCGACACCGGUACCUCAUCCGAACCUUCGUUUUCCUCCUCCCGUUCCUCGUUUCCUCCACGCCAGUCUUCUACCGCCUCCUCACCAGAUCCCCUUACUCCACCACCUCCUCCUCGUUUGCUGCUUCCACCUCCACGGCCAGCUACUUCUACCGCCACUGCCUGUGGCUGCUGGGGUCCGCCGUCUUCAACAUCAGCAAGGUCCCCGAGCGGCUGGCCCCGGGUCGCUUCGACAUCUGGGGCCACAGCCACCAGUGGUUCCACUGUUGCACGUUUCUGUCCAUCCUGGACGAACUCCACAUGAUCAAGACGGAGGUGAGGGCGAUCCUGCUCAGCCCGAGUCUCCUGCUGCCCCCCGCCGCCCUCUCUCGCCUACCGGGCCCCACCGUCGCCUCCACCUACGGGGUGAUGGGCCUCCUCCAGGCCACCAUCGUCUCCGUCAUCGUGUGGUUCUCCUGGCACGCCAGCUGCAUCUACGGACCGCAGAGCGAUCAGCUAGCCAAGGAACACCCUAAGAAACACCUGAAAUGCAACUAAUCGCAAGGACAUCUUUUUUUUUUUUUAAAUCAUUCUAACUGUGAAGGAAGAUUUGCACAUGCAUACAGAGCCAUGCCGCAAAGAGAUGGGCACAAUUAAAAAAAUAGUCCCUCCUGAUUUUUUAAGUCCUUCACACGUUCCGCCCCCUUCAGGAGUGUUUUUUCAAACUCAUAAUCGGGGACAACGUGAGAUCCAAGGAUUAGGUUGUGGUUGAGUGGAUGUUGAAAGACGUUGCCAGUUAUUUCCCCCGAGCUGGUGCGGCAUGUCCCAACAGGAUGUCUGAGCAGGGGGGAUAACGCCUACCUCCAGGGACCGCACACUCCGGCACACGGGAGGACAUGUUGCACGUAACG